ACCCCUGCACUACCAUAAUUCCUACACCUUAAACUAUGGAGACCACCAUUUUUCCAACUCCAGCCCUGUCUUCCAUCCCAAUUACAAGUCGAUGGCCAAAACCAAAUCGUAGCCGUCGUACAAUUGUAUCUCUACUCACACCGUCCAAGACGGAGGCCAAGAUCACCACAGUACCUAAGACCGUCUAUAAAGACAACUGGUAUGAUCGUCUUGCCAUUGAUUACCUCUCGAAAGCCGUCCAAGAUACCGUUGGAAUGAAAAAUAAGGAGACUGGGUAUGAGAGUUUGGUUGUGGCAGCCGAAGCAGUUUUCCAGAACUUUGACCCGAUCCAACAACGCCAACUUGUUGUAAAAUCUCUUCAGAAUGCAAUUCCUGGUCCAUUUUCCCUGCUGAUCAAGACAUUGAUGCCACCUUCAAAGUUUUCGCGAGAGUAUUUCGCAGCCUUCACCACCAUCUUCUUCCCUUGGCUUAUCGGCCCAUGCGAGGUAAAAGAAUCUGAAUUUGAAGGGAGUAAAGAGAGACAUAUCGUCCACAUUAAGAAAUGCAGGUUUCUAGAAUCGAGCAAUUGCGCAGGAAUGUGCACCAAUCUAUGCAAGAUACCGUCACAAGAGUUCAUUAAGAACUCAUUUGGGAUCCCCGUCAACAUGGUUCCGAAUUUUGAUGACAUGAGUUGUGAGAUGAUAUUUGGGCAAGACCCUCCAGCCUUGGAAGAUGAUCCAGUACUAAAGCAACCAUGCUAUAAACUAUGUAAGGUAAAGCAUAAGCAUGAUACAAGCUGCGUUACCUUAGUUAAGGAGAUUCGGUCAGAUGGAACAAAUAGAAAUUAAACAAUAAACAAAUACUAUUUUUACUUUUAGUUAUAUUCUCUAAAUUGUUAUAUCAUGUUGUACAAGUUGAUUGUUCAUGUCGGCUAAUAUACAGAAGGACUUUUGAUUAACUCUCAAAGAGUGUAAAUUAAUGUGGGGUGAGAUUUUUUA